AUGGCUCCCUCUGUUUCUGAAAUCUCCCAGCCCGCUGUUCACCCCGCCUCCGCUGCUAUAGAGCAGCUCAAGGCUAAGAUCAAGGAGAACGGGAGCUUGCCCAAUGGUCCUGCCUAUCCUGGAUACCUUCCUCAUUUCGAUGUCAACGAGAAGUGGGGUCCUACUGAGCUGUUUGAGCACGUUGAACCCGGCCUUCGCGCUGACAAAGCGAAGCCCAACCUGCUCACUGCCAACACCAAGCUCAAGCAUCUCAGCCCUUACCUCGGUACCGAAGUCGAAGGCGUCCAGAUCUCUCAACUCUCCAAAGAAGGUCUCGACGAGCUCGCCUUGUUCGUUGCCGAGAGGAAGGUCGUUAUCUUCCGAAACCAGGACUUCAAAGAUCUCGGUUUCGAGCGUCAGAUUGAGAUCGCAAAGCACUUUGGUCCUAUCCAACGCCACCCUACUUCGGGCAAUGUAAAGGGCUACCCAGAGUUCCAUGUUGUGUAUCGUGAUAACAGCUAUGACUACUUCAAGGAGUAUGUCACUGAUUCACGAAUUAACUACACCGCAUGGCACUCUGAUGUUGCCUAUGAGAAGCAACCUCCUGGCACUACUUUCUUUUUCAUCCUUGACCAACCCUCCGUCGGUGGUGACACCCUCUUCGUCUCUCAAGUUGAGGCUUACAACCGCCUCUCUGACGAGUUCAAGAAGCGUCUGGAGGGAUUGAAGAUCGUCCACAGUGCUGUUGAGCAGGCUGAGGGCUCCCGAAAGCGCAAUGGACCCGUCCGCCGAGAACCCAUCGAGACUGAGCACCCCAUCGUCCGAGUCCACCCCGCAACAGGCGAGAAGGCUCUUUAUGUCAACCCCGUCUUCGGUCGACGCAUCGUCGGCUUCAAGAAGGAGGAAUCUGACGCUCUCUUGAACUUCCUGUAUGAUCACAUCGCUCGAGGCGCCGACUUCCAGAUUCGUGCCUCGUAUGAGCCGGGAACUGUGGUUGUUUGGGACAACCGAGUUACUGCACACUCUGCCAUCCCCGACUUCAGCCCUGAGUUCCGUAGGCAUGCUGUCCGACUUACGCCCCAGGCUGAGGUCCCCAUUCCCGCUACCUUCGCUUAA